CCUUUGUAUUUCCAAGAUGGCGACAGUGAAACUUUUCUCAGCGAGUCGGAAUGCCCAAAGUCUGUUACGUCAUGCACUGAAACCGACCUGUGUGGGACAGAACAGAUCACACUGGAAGGAUGUCAGUCCGCCGGAGCCUGGCAUGGAUUGGAAGUCUACAACAGACAGAGCUGCAGCCUCCGCCUUCUGGACUGAGCUUGUGAAAGGUUUUGGAGUGACUCUGGGAAUGAUCUUCAAGGAGCCAGCCACCAUCAACUACCCCUUUGAGAAGGGUCCCCUCAGUCCCAGGUUUCGUGGGGAGCAUGCUCUGCGGCGCUACCCCUCCGGUGAGGAGAGAUGCAUCGCCUGCAAACUCUGUGAAGCUAUUUGUCCUGCACAGGCUAUCACAAUAGAGGCAGAGGCACGGUCUGAUGGUAGCCGGCGUACGACGAGAUAUGACAUUGACAUGACAAAAUGUAUCUACUGCGGCUUCUGCCAGGAGGCUUGUCCUGUGGACGCCAUUGUUGAGGGUCCCAACUUUGAAUACUCCACCGAGACUCGGGAAGAGCUGCUGUACAACAAGGAGAAGCUGCUCAACAACGGCGACAAGUGGGAGGCAGAGAUAGCGGCCAAUCUACAGGCCGACUACUUGUAUCGAUAGAUGCAUGGCUGAGUUACAGUGACAUUCUUCACGAUGCCAACCAGCUGACAUCACAUACCUGGAGGCUCAAGACAACAUGGUUCUCUACCAGGAAGACAGAACCUCUUACAUCUGUCAAACAUGUAUUGAGAUAAACACUUAUGACAUAUCUUUGAAAAAGUAAUUUAAUUCACUACAAUGUCCCUGGCUCGUAGCAGUACAUUUUUGUGUUUUGUUUUUGUUGUCCUAAGCCUCCUUGUUCGGAAUUUGCCGGUUGCCAUGGUGAAAAGAAGAACGAAUGAGAGACUUUGCCAUCUUGGGAGCUCAGUGUGCACAGUUGUAGUGAGCUUGUUCAUGUUGAAGAUUUCCUUGAUUGUGUCGCCUGAUGCUGUAGUGUGUCUGUCUGAUUGUACAUAAAACCUACAGUUGUACCUAAAACUGUGGUGGAAACGCCUGUAUAAAAUGACUUGAGAAACACAAAUAAAAUGUAUUAUGUUCA